AAGCACACAUAUAUAAAAUGGAAAAAAUCAUAUUCCAAGGGAAAUCAGAAUUCCAAGAGCUUCUCGUAUUUGAGUCAUCGAGGCAUGGCAAGGUUGCAAUUCUGGAUGGGUAUAUCCAGCUGACAGAGAAUGAUGAAUUUGCUUACCAAGAGAUGCUCACUCACCUUGCACUCUGUUCCGUUCCAAAUCCAAAGAAGGUACUGGUAGUUGGAGGGGGAGAUGGUGGGAUUCUUAGGGAAAUAUCGCGUCAUUCAUCUGUUGAACAUAUUGAUAUAUGUGAAAUAGACAAAAUGGUGAUUGAUGUUUAUAAGAAGUUUUUCCCAGAUAUAGCUGUUGGUUACGAGGAUCCCCGAGUGCAUGUUCACAUCAGAGAUGGAAUUGCGUUCAUGAAUUGUGUUCCUGAGGGCACGUACGACGUCAUUAUAUUGGACGCGUUUCAACCAAUGGGACCUAUUGCGGAAGUUCUUGCUGAUAGCUGCUUCUUAGAUUCAGUAGCAAAGGCUCUUGGACCUGGUGGGGUGUUGUCUGCUCCAGCAGAGAGUUUGUGGCAUAAGAACUUUGUGGUUGCAGAAAGCAUAGCAAAAUGCAAGAAUAUAUUCAAAGGCUCAGUGAACUACGCUUGGACCACAGUUCCUACAUAUGCAAGUGGGGUGAUCGGAUUCAUGCUUUGCUCCACAGAGGGUCCCCCAGUGAACUUCAGACACCCGAUAAAUCCACUGAAUCCGGAGAAAAAUGGGGUCGCCAAGGGACCUCCUAAGUUCUAUAACUCAGAGAUCCAUUCUGCUGCAUUCUGUCUUCCUUCUUUUGUGGAUGUUGAUCCAAAAAGAUAUUGAUAAAAAUCUCAGAAGAAAUAAAUAAGUUGCCAGAUUGGAAUGAGAGGAGAAAUAAAGUAGAAAUUGGAAAUGUUUGAAUUAAUAUUAUUUUUCACAUUUCUUUUUCAUCCUCUGAACCAAA